AUGUCUGUUUUAGAUUUAAACAUACAAAUGAAUGAUCUGUCUAAAAAUAAUCCGUUAAUUAAGAGGCAUAAAGUGAAAGAAUUCACGAAAUCAAAUUAUAAAGCAAAAGUAAUAUUUCCUGGAAUCAAUCAUCCUGGCAAAAUUUACAAAAAUGUAAAAAUUGUGUCGUCGGUAAAAAACAAUUUGAAUGUUAAGAAUUUCAGUAGUGUGACAAAUAAAUUAGAUAUUAGUACUAUUUCUGGUGCUGUUGUCAAUAACGAACAAUUAAUUACCAAUGAUUAUAAUACAAAUAAAACUUUGAAUAACAGAAAUACAACACAAAUAACAAGAAUUCUACGUCUUUUACCAAAUGAUAAUCAAAAAUACAGUGGGCGUAAAAUAACUGUUGUGCGUUGUAAUCCUGAUGGAAAAGGGCGUACAAGUUUGACUGUUAUUAUGGCUCGUAGAUCGGUACAUACAUUAGGUCAAAUAAUGUGUAAAUUAACAGAAGCAUUUGGAUCACGUUGGCACAAUGAUCCUAUUAGACACUUGUAUUUACUAACUGGUCGUGAAAUAAGAUCUGUAAAUGAAUUAUUUCGUAAAGACAAAGUUUUCAUUGCUACUGGAUUUCAUAAAAUGUUUGGAAAUAUUCAUAUUGAAUUGAACAAGAGUAACAACAUGGAUAAUACUACUAAUAUUAAUAAUGAUUAUAUUAUGAAUUCUACUCAUCAAUCUGUGAAUUACAAUCAUUAUCAACAAUUACAUAAUCACGGAUUUCAUUCAAAUCAUGAUAAAAGCAGUGAUGCUACAAUUAAUAAUACUACAGAACUAAAAUCAGAAGAUAUAAGAAUUAUUUUAUCGGAAUUUUGGCCUGAUCAUCCUGAUCCAUCCAGUGUGGUUUAUCAAUGGGAACGUCGUUUACGAAGUCGAGGAGGUGUCGGAGUAACAUCAGUCAAUCAACAAUUUGAUACAAACAAAUAUUUAUUACUUGAAAUUUCAAAAUCAAAACAAAAAUCCUCAUUAAAAACAAAUCAUAUGAUUUCUAAUAUGAAAUAUUCAUUCAAUGAAACAUUAAUUGAAGAUGAGAAAAAAGAUAGUGGAUUUGAUGAAUUAACAAUAAAUAAUAAUAUUUUACCUAAAAUUGAUGAAGAACAAAUUCAAAAAGAACAAUCUAUUUUAAUGAUAAAAAAUUCUAUUGAAAAUAAAUCAAAUCAACUACCAGCUAUAGAAAAUUAUCCAAGACUACUAAGACAAAUUAAUUCUACUCAACAUCCUGGCUAUGUAAAAUUAAAUUACACUAAUUCAGAUCCUAAAUCAAAUUCUCAUUCUCUUGUAAAUGAAGAAGAAAAUAAUUUAAUUCCUUCAGAAAAAUUCAUUGAAGAAUUAUCAUUAAAUAAUAAAUGCAGCAUAAAACUUCAUGAGAAACCUUUCAUUCCAAAAAGAUCAAUGAAAUCUCAAUUAUCACAACAAAAUGACAUGAAAAACGAUACGAAUAAUACAUUACUUAAUGUGGAUUCAGUUAUACCAUAUUCACAAUUCUAUCAUUUAGCUUAUCAACCGAAUCUUUCAAGCGGUCAACAGAAAUCGUUUCAACUAUCUAUGUACCCUCAUCAUCCGUCUUUUUUGUUGCCAACCCUACUAUUUCAACAACAACAGCAUCAGCAACAACAACAACAACAACAAAGAAACCAAAAGUUUAAAAAAUCUGAUAGUAUAGAUAAAAUCUUAUCAAGAUAUCAUAAUUGUCUACAAAUUGGUAAAAGAGUUCUUCAACGAAAUGAAAAUCGUCGUCAUGAAUUGGUUAUGAAAGAGAAUCGGCUACCGGAAAAUCACUUUGUUGAUAAAGUAGCUGCUGAUAGUAUGUCAUUGAAAAUUAAAACUCAAAAGGAGAAUUCUUUAAAAUCAACUAACAACUAUCAACAAGAUAAAUUAUAUCAUUCAAAAAAUAAUUUAACAAAAUCAACUUCGAAUACAUGCACUAAGGCGAAUGAUAUGCAUGAAGCACAGAAUCAUGAAAAUGCAUCAUAUAUGAAAGAAUCAAUACAACAUUCCACUAAAUUAACAAAUCAAUCAUUCACCACUCCACAACAAUUUAAAUUAAAUGAACUAUUGAGAAUAAACAAGUCGAUUACUAACAAUAACAAUAAUAAUAAUAAUAAUAUUACACCUAGUAUUAUUAAAAUUAAAGAUGUUAACUCAAUCAGUAUCAGUGAUAAACCCCAAGAAGAUUGUAGUGAUAUGAAAAUUAGUAAACAAUCUAAUCAGUUAUCACAGACAAACCAGAAUAUGAAAACAAAUGAUCGGACUAAUUAUAACAAUAACAAAGUAAUCAUUGAGAAGGAUCAAUCAAUAGUUAUUGUUAGCACACCAGUCAUAAUCACUGAUCAAUCCAAAAAUUAUGAAAAUCAUAACAUUAUUGAUAAGAAUAACAAUGUACAAAUGGAAAUUAAACGCCAGAAAAUAAAUCAUAUUUCAGAUACCAUAAAGAAUAAUCACUGUCCCAGUAUUCAUAAAGAAAUUACAGCUGAAAAUGAACAAUUAAAAUCCUCGAAACCUAUAAUAAAUAAAACAUUUAAUAAGGAUGUAAAACAACUACCGAAAGAGAAGAACGUUGAUAUCAUUGAAUGUAAUAUUAAUGGAGAUGUUAUUAUACAGCAAGAGUUGAACACAAAUGCAUCAAACAGGGUUAUCAACACUCAUAGCACUACUACUACUACUACUACUACUACUGUCACUAUUACCACUACUACUACUACAACUACUAUUACUACUACUACUACUACUACUACUAUUACUACUACUACUACAACCACUAAUAAUAAUAAUCUUACAUCUAACGUUAAACUGUUGGACAUUCAUAAUGGUACACAACAAAAACUAAUUGCGAAUUGUUUUACAGUUAGUGGGAUUAGAAAAUCAACUAAUGAUAAAAUCAGAUCAGUCUUUACGGCAAUUGGGGUAACAUAUGUUUCUGAUCCUGAUUAUUUAUCGAAACGUUAUCAAAUUGUUCGUAAAUUAGGUGAUGGUAAUUUUGCUAUUGUUGAACUAGGAAAAAGACGUGAUACAAAUGAUCAUUACGCUUUGAAAAUAAUUGAAAAAAGCAAACUCACUGGUAAAGAAACCAUGCUGUUAAAUGAAAUUCACAUAUUACGUCAUUGUCGUCAUCCAAAUAUUGUACGUUUAUAUGAAGAAUUCGAAACUGCUAGUGAAGUAUGGCUUGUUAUGGAAUUCCUAAAAGACGGUGAUUUGUUCGAUGGAAUUAUUCAAGCAAAGAAGUUCACUGAACCGAUAGCUGCUGUUAUAGUAUCCGAUUUAGCUAAUGCCUUAUUUUAUUUACAUUGCCGAUCUAUUGUUCAUCGAGAUUUAAAACCUGAAAACAUACUGUUAUUGAGACAGAAGAAUGGUCAAAUCCGAGUUAAACUUGCCGAUUUUGGACUGGCUUCAGUGGUGAAAAGAAGCAUGUACACUGUAUGCGGAACUCCAACAUAUAUUGCACCAGAAAUAUUGGAGGAAUCAGGUUAUGGUUUGGAAGUGGAUAUGUGGGCAUUGGGAAUUAUAACUUAUAUUAUGUUAUGUGGAUUUGCUCCAUUUCGUUCUAAUGAUAAAAGACAGUCAAAAUUGUUUGAAAGUAUAAAACGAGGUCAUUAUGUAUUCUUGAGUCCUUAUUGGGACAAUAUAUCAUCAUAUGCCAAAGAUCUAAUUACUGCACUUCUAGUUAUUACACCAAAAUCAAGAUUAACAGCUCGUGAAACACUAGCUCAUCCAUGGGUAUUUGGUUCUGGUCUACCGAAUUCAUCGGAACAAUUUGAAAAACGUCGAUUAGAUUAUCGAAGUGAAUUAGAACAAAAGCACAAUGAAUUUAAACAAUCCAUAAAUAAAAGAAAUCCUAAUAAUUUAAUUGAUAAAAAGAAUUCCAAUUCCGAUAAUAACACUAGUAAUAAUAAUAAUAACAAUAAUAAUAAUAAUCUACUCGGUAUGAAAAAGUUGAAAUUGCCUAGAAUUACAAAAAUCAAAGAGUUACACAAUUAA